AUCCCCCAGCCCCAACCCAGGUGCAGAUAAAGUCUAAAGCGCCUGGAAUCUCAGAGUGUGAAUCUCAGAGCUGAGUGGGCAGACACUGUGCUGUUUCCCACACUGUGCUGUCACUGCUGCUGCUGUCAGAGCCCCAGCCCAAGAAUAUGGACAAGAUGCUUCUUUGGGUCUCUGUCCUUACCAUCUUCCUGGAGACCUUUGCUCAGACAGACCUCAAAGAGAAAGUAUUUGUGUUCCCUAGAGAAUCUGCCAGUGAUCACGUGAGCCUGAUUACAAAGCUGGAGGAGCCUCUGCAGAACUUUACCUUGUGUUUACGAGCUUAUAGUGACCUUUCCCGCCCCUACAGCCUCUUCUCCUACAACACCCAGGGCAAGGAUAAUGAAUUACUACUCUAUAAAGAAAAAGUUGGAGAGUACAGUCUAUACAUUGGGGGGAGCAAAGUCACAGCCAAGGUCACUGAAGAGUUUCCUGCUCCGGUGCACAUCUGUACAAGCUGGGAGUCCUCCUCCGGCAUUGCUGAGUUUUGGGUCAAUGAAAAGCCUUUGGUGAAAAAAGGUCUGAAGAAGGGGUACUCUGUGGCAUCUCAACCCAAGAUUAUCAUGGGGCAGGAGCAGGAUGCCUAUGGUGGAAAGUUUGAUCGGAGCCAGUCCUUCGUGGGAGAGAUUGGGGACUUGUACAUGUGGAACUCUGUGCUGUCUCCAGAAGAGAUCCAGUCUGUGUAUGAGGGGUCCCCUCUCAAUGCUAAUAUCCUGGACUGGCAGAAGCUGAACUAUGAAUUGAAAGGGUAUGUCAUCAUCAAGCCCCGGGUGUGGGCUUGAGGUCCAACAUUGACCAAAGCUCUUGAAAAUGAAAUGGCCAGCAUCUGAGAGAUCUUCUCAGAACAAAUGGAUACUAGAGCAUUUACCUGUGGUUCUUUUUUGAAUUUCCCAUCUAUGUUUCUGCCUAAUAAAAAUAUUGCAUUAUGCCACCUGCA